UUGUUUCAUUUAGUAGCUGCAUGGCACGACAUUGACCAGCAACACCUUCAAGCUUUGUUGCGUUCCGGCUUUGAAAGGACGGUCUUUAUUCCGUUGGCAACGGUCAGCUGCGGGCAGACGUACGUGAGUGACGUUCAGCAGUUUGCUCGUGUCGAAACCGGUGCGUUUCAGUCGACACUGACCGCCGACAAUUGCACACGUAGCAUAGCAGUCCCGACCAGCAUAUUAGGGCCCUUUGAAACCAGCGACGUGUGCUUCACCGGAGCAUCGGUUCCGGUCACUGUCCUGACUUCAACGCCGGCCAGCUUCGCUUCUGCGAUGUAUGCUUCGGGCGGUUGUUCUUCUGUGCGUUUAGGCCUGACUCCAGCCGAACCAUCGUCUUUGCCGUCAAGCCAGUCUGUCAGUAGUUUCUGGCCGGCUUAUCCUUCUAGCUGGCUUCCCGGUUCAUCGCACGAUCUUUUGGCACCGUUCAGUGGUGGCCUUCUGUCAGCGACGUCGCCAGAAAUAGUGUAUUCGACCGGUUCACCAGUAACAGCCGGCCCAUCGUUUUUGCCAACGAUGUUCGACUACAGUCCAACAUUGCCCAGUUUUCUCCCUACGGCACCAACUUUCAGGCAAAAAUAG